CGGUUUAUGAUUUAUAAUUUAUAUCUGUGGUUUUUAUCAAAUGACGUUAUCAACUUUUAAAACGAUUUAGCGCAUGCACACAACACAGGUUACAGAUCAAAUUUCAAAACGUUCCUACUGUUCGAAACAAAAAUUUUGUUUGAUUAAUCUAAUUAAAUGUGUUAUAAUAAGUACAUACUAGGUUUUUAAUUAAUUGUUAUUUGUACACGUUGUACCUUAUUUGCUCUAGACAUACAAAUAACGAUUUAUCAUUUACGAUUAUUGUGCGUUUCUGUCGCCGUAUUGUUAUUGUACCUACGCUACCACUUUUUUUUUCCCGAAUGGAUUUAUUGUUUAACAUUUAAAAAUUGUUUGCACCAGCGUAGGCGCUUAAAGUACUUCCUACGAGCAUAUAGCUUGUAUUUAACUUACCUGAUAUAUGUUUUCAACUAUAGACAAAAUACUGAUAUCUACUGAACAUGAUAAAAGACCAUGUGUCGUUGAAUUUCGACACAGUUUUGUUGACGAGUCCAACACAAAAAUACAGUUGCAGAAGUUCUUAUCGAAGGUGUUGGAGACAGUUAUCAAAGUUACAGAAAUUAAUUUUAUACCUGUUGGCUAUUGUAGUAUUAAUAUUACUACUUUUGUGGUUCAUUGGAACUAGUAAUAAUUUUGAAGAAUUAUCUGAGACUAAUGCUCUUGAAUUACCACAAGCAACUAUUUGGCCCCAGAAUGUUAAAUCAGAUUUACAAAGUUAUGUAGAUGCUGUGAAGUUUAAUGAAGUUGAAGAUGUCGAACUUCCAGAUCAAAAAGAACAAAUUGCUGCACCUGUAUCUAAUGAUGCUGCAAGCUUACCGUCUGGCGAAGGUAUUCAAUUUAAGCCAGCAACUGGUCAUAGACAAACUGCAGUUUUAAAUGCAUUUAAACAUGCAUGGAAAGGAUAUUGCAGUUAUGCCUGGGGACAUGAUCAUGUCAAACCCAUAAGCAGGAAAUAUCAAGAUUGGUUCAAUCUAGGAUUGACCAUUGUUGAUUCUUUAGAUACACUAUGGAUAAUGAAUUUGAAAAAAGAAUUUGAUGAAGCUCGUGAAUGGGUUAGUACUAGUUUUAACCUUGAUCAUUAUAAAGAUGUCAACCUUUUUGAGACUACAAUUAGAGUGUUGGGUGGAUUUUUAAGUGCUUACCAUUUUUCAGAAGAUUCAUUAUUUCUUGAUAAAGCUGUAGACAUUGGUUCACGACUUAUGCCAUGCUUUACAAAAUCUCCAUCGCCAAUACCAUAUUCAGAUGUUAAUCUAAUCUCACAUAUGGCUCAUUCGCCCAAAUGGAGCCCAGAUUCGAGUACAGCAGAGGUAUCUACCAUACAAUUAGAAUUUAGAGAUUUAUCAAGGUCUACUGGUACAAAAAAUUUUGAAACUGUUGCAUUCAAAGUAUCUGAACAUAUUCACACAUUAGACAAACCUAAUGGACUUGUACCUAUCUAUAUAAAUCCAAAUACUGGCAAAUUUCAUAGAGGGUCUGAGAUUAAAAUUGGUGCUAGAGGUGAUAGUUAUUAUGAAUAUCUUUUGAAACAAUGGAUCCAAACUGGAAAAUCAAUUGAUUUUUUGAAGGAUGAUUAUUUGGAAGCCAUUGAUGGUAUAAUCACACAAUUAGUGCGAACAUCACCCAAAAGAAAUUUAACAUAUAUAGGAGAACUUAAAGCAGGAUCACGAGAAUUUCAUCCAAAGAUGGAUCAUUUAGUAUGCUACCUGCCGGGCACACUAGCACUUGGUGUUCAUUAUGGUAUGCCUUCUAGUCAUAUGAGAUUGGCUGAAAAACUGAUGGAAACAUGCUAUCGCAUGUAUGCCGAUCAACCAACAUUUUUAUCCCCAGAAAUAGUAUAUUUUGGUACAAAUCUUAAUGUCAAUCAAGACAUGUAUGUUAAUAUAAAUGAUGCACACAGUUUAUUACGGCCUGAAUUUGUUGAAAGUCUUUGGUACAUGUAUCAAAUAUCAGGCAAUUCAACAUAUCAGGAUUGGGGCUGGUCAAUAUUUCAAGCAUUUGAACGACACACUAAAGUAGCUGGUGGUUUUACAUCCAUUGGCAAUGUGUUAGAUCCAGAAGAUACACGUCCUCAAGACAUGACUGAAUCAUUCUUUUUUGCAGAAACCCUUAAGUAUCUAUAUUUGUUAAUGUCAGAUGAUCGGCACAUGUUAUCUAUUGAUAAGUAUGUAGUUAAUAGUGAAGGGCAUCCAUUGCCAAUUAAAAACCGGUGAUAAAUAAUUGAUUUGAUUAUUUUUAGUUUUACUGUUGAGUUAAUGCAUGGAAUUUUAUUUGUCUUAUUUGGCUGUGAAUUUUUGUUUUAUCGGUUUUGUAUACUCGUCCACAAUUACCACAAAAUAUUUUUACGGACUUUUAAU